GAUAUUUAUAUGAAUUAAAUAGACAAGUACAUAAAUAUAUUUCUAGACUAUCUGCAGUAACCACUUUCAAUAAGGAGGAUUUGGCAUGUUCAUAUAAGGACCUCAGUUUCAUCUACUAUUUCAACCUCAAUCCGAAUUCUGAAUCACUUUUGGGAUUCAAAAUCAUGGGGGUUCCUUUGAUUCUGAGACUGAUCCAAUUUCUGGGAUACUUUCCCAUCCCUUUAUCAUCCACGUCUUGCAUACCAAAAACGAAAGUCAUUAACGAGAACGAAUCGGAAUUAAUCACGAAGAAUUUCAAAUCCAACUUUACCUCGUCAAAAUCACUCCGUUUUCUAUCCCAAUCCUGCCUCAUAAUCCUGGGAUCACUUUACACCUUGCUUUUACUCUGCGUUGUUUGCAUUUUCUUCUUAAAAUUUAAUUAUUGGGUGAUAGCUGUCCCAGGAUUUUGGGGAAAGGGUCGUGGCAUCUUCUACUCUGCAGUCAUACUAAAAGCUCUAUCGCACAUAUUAUGCUGCGUUGUUGUUAAGCUCGACAUGAUUUAUCGGCGAGGAAGACUGAGAAAAUUUUACAACAGCUUUCUCUCCAUGAUUGAUUCUGUAGGAGAAGCCACCGGCGGAUGUGAGGCGAGUUUGAAAACCAACAGAUAUCAGAAACGGUUAUCGAUCAGUACAUAUUUAUUCCUUGUCCUUAUCACUGUAUGGAGUAUCGAGCUCUUUCUUACGUUGCAUGGUAGAGAGGGUGCCUGCUUCAGUUACACUUUCGCUUACGUAACCCCACCAAUAAUGGGAUAUUACCAUUCCCUCUUUCCAUUCCUUGCGGUCUUUUUCCUAAAUUGGUAUUUGGAAAGUUUGAAAAGAAUUAGUUCCGUGGUGACCAAUAAGCUGCGAUAUAUGCAAAGUGUGGAAAUUGACAAAUGUACAAAAAAUUCAAAAAAUGAAAGUUCUUGGUACUUUCACCAUAAUAAUUUUAAUCUGAGUAAUAGAAUGGAAACUCCUCAGUCCAUAAGUAGAGAUAGUGAAAUGUUAGUCAAUAUUUAUAAUGUCGUGAGACAACAAAGUCUCCAGUUUAACCGAACGUUCGGAUUCUGGAUCUCUCUCGACAUGGCGCAUAGCUUGUUGAGGAUCGUUUUCUCGGCAUAUUUUAUUGUGUCGUUGAUGUGUCAACCAAUCUCGGCUUUGCGUUCCAUUGUCCAGAACAUCUUGACGGUGAUUGUUUAUUUCUACCUUUUGUACAUGAUGUGCAAGAAGGGAUCAGAUAUUGCGGGAGAAAGUGAGAAAGUUGUUGAGGCGUUGGAAUCCUUAAUGUCUUUGGAGAAUGGACAGGACAUUCACGGGCGACUGAAGCGAAUAAAGAUAGAAACAAACUUUUUCAAUGUCGACUUGAAGAUAAUUACACCGAUUCUUGGAACCGUGACGACCUACCUACUCGUCUUGAUACAAUUUCAGACUGGAGAUUGUAAAAGUGGGAGGAAUUGAAUAGCGGUUUAGAUAUAUUUUAGUUUAAUUUCACAUUUCUAAAUUAAAUUCCGAAUUUACAGAUAUAUUUGCAUAGAUGAAUUCAUAAGUAUGUACA